CAUCACUGAAAUCGUACAUCCAAUCAAUCGCUGUCUUUCAAUCUGAGCACCACACGACAAAAAAGAGAGAGAAGGAAAAAAGAAACAAGAAAGUGAUAAGUGCAAAGAAAUUAUUUUCGAAGUGUGAAAAAAAAUGUACACAACAGAAAAUCAUAGAAAUCUGGACAUUAAUCGCGUAUCAAGGUAUAAUAUUGAAUGUGAAAAGAGACGAAGCUUAUAUCAAGUGAUACAUGACGAAUAUAAUCGUGCACCAUGCAUUUCGCGAAAGUGAAUUUGUGAUUGUGCGUACGUAUAAAACCAUCGUUCGAUUUCACGUUGAUAUUAAAGAGAAGCUACUGCAUUUUCUAAACAACGAAGAUCUGUUCUUCUUUUCUCCCAAGAGCCGACACAAAUGCCUGUAACAUGACGUCCAAUGCGAUUAGGGGCAUUCGAAGGAAGAAGAGUUCGUUAUGCGAGGUCAAAGUGGCUGUAAUUGGAGCCCCAGGAGUCGGAAAAAGUGCCCUGACCGUGAGAUUUUUAACGAGGCGAUACAUUGGGGAAUACGAUCAUCAGUCGGAAAACAGAUACAAACACGAAGUUUUAGUCGAUGGAGAGCCAAUUCUAUUCGAAAUAUUGGACACGUGUCCUAAGCAGAGCGAGGAAGAACUACCGACAAUUGAUACUUUACAAUGGGCUGAUGGACUACUAUUGGUUUACUCAAUAACUGACAGAGGCUCUUUUAAUUUUGUGAGAAAGGCCAAAGAAGCUUUAGCUGUGGCUGAUCCGGAAGCUACGAUGCCUCUCGCUUUGGUUGGAAAUAAAGCUGACAUGGUUCAUCUUCGUCAAGUGAGCGCCGAAGAAGGAGAAAUUUUAGCUAAGGACUUUGAAUGUUGUUUCAGUGAAGUAACAGCAGCCGAACAGGUUGUACAAGUUGCCGAAUCAUUUCACGAAUUAUGUCGCGAAGUUUUGGCUGCAAGAAGAAGAAAUAAACAAUCUUUACUCGAUAGAAUGCUUGGAAGCAAACCCACAAAGACCUAUUCAAGAGGCAAAAGUGAUUCUUCACUGCCCAAGGAUUAAUUUCAAUAAAUGAAAAUUCAAAUUAAUUUUAUCGAAAACGAAAGUAACAAAAUCAAAAGAAUAUUUUGAGGAAUUGAUUUCGAGAAAAUGAAAUCUGAAUAUUUUUUAAAUAAAAACAAUGUUCUCUAAUGACUAGAUGUGAAAAAAGUAACCAUAAGUGCCAAAGAUAUUGUAAGAUAAAUAAAAUUCAUAUCGUACGUUCCGAUUAUUGAAAAAUUGUUGAAUGAAAAAUAAUUUAACAAAUAGGAUAAAGAAUAAUUUUAGUUUAAGAACUAUACUUUAUAUAUUG